AUGGCGCAAAAAGGAGUUCAGCUGGACCAGGAGACCUUCUCUUGUUCCAUCUGUCUGGAUCUCCUGAAGGAUCCGGUGACUAUUCCCUGUGGACACAGCUACUGCAUGAACUGUAUUAAAGCCCACUUGGAUAAAGAGGAUGGGAAGAAACUCCACAGCUGCCCUCUGUGUAGGAAGACCUUCACACCGAGGCCUGUCCUGCUGAAGAACACCAUGUUGGCAGCUCUAGUGGAGCAGCUGAAGAAGACUGGACUCCAAGCUGCUCCUGCUGAUCACUGCUAUGCUGGAGCUGAAGAUGUGGCCUGUGAUGUCUGCACUGGGAGGAGACUGAAGGCCUUCAAGUCCUGUCUGGUGUGUCUGGCUUCUUACUGUGAGAAACAUCUUCAGCCUCAUUAUGACUCUGCUCCAUUAAAGAAACACAAGCUGGUGGAGCCCUCCAACAAGCUCCAGGAGAACAUCUGCUCUCGUCAUAAUGAGGUGAUGAAGAUCUUCUGCCGUACUGAUCAGCAGUGUAUCUGUUACCUCUGCUUAAUGAAUGAACAUAAAGGCCACGACACAGUCUCAGCUGCAGCAGAAAGGACCGAGAGGCAGAAUGAGCUGGAGGGGAGUCGACUCAACAUCCAGCAGAGAAUCCAGGACCGAGAGAAAUACCUGAAGUUGCUCCAUCAGGAGGUGGAGGCCCUCAACCUCUCUGCUAAUAAGACAGUGGAGGACAGUGAGAAGAUCUUCACUGAGCUGAUCCGGCUCAUGGUGAACAGAAGCUCUGAUGUGAAGCAGCAGGUCAGAUCCCGGCAGAGAACUGAAGUGAGUCGAGUCCAAGAGCUUCAGGAGAAGCUGGAGCAGGAGAUCACUGAGCUGAAGAGGAACGAGGCUGAGCUGAAGCUGCUGUCACACACAGAGGAUCUCAAGCAGUUUCUACUCCACUACCCCUCACUGUCACCACGCGCUGAGUCUACACACUCGUCCGGCAUCGAUAUCCGUCCUCUGAGACACUUUGAGGACGUGACGGCGGCUGUGUCAGAAGUCAGAGAUAAAUUACAGGACGUUCUGAGAGAGAAAUGGACAAACCCCAAGACCAGAGCUGGAUUCUUAAAGUAUUCAUGUGAGCUCUCUCUGGAUCCAGACACAGCAACCACAUGGCUGUUAUUAUCUGAUGAGGACAGAAAAGCAACUUUAAUGAGAGAAGAACAGUCUUAUGCUUCUCACUCAGACAGAUUCAGUGGAUGUGAUCAAGUCCUGAGUAGAGAGAGUCUGAUGGGACGUUGUUACUGGGAGGUGAAGUGGAGAGGAGAAGGAGUUGAUGUAGCCGUUGCAUACAAGAAUAUCAGCAGAAAGGGCAACGGAGAUGAAUGUGUCUUUGGAUAUAAUAACAAAUCUUGGGCAUUAAGAUGUAACAAAAACGGUUGUAACUUUCGAUACAACAAUGUCCAAACUCCUGUCUCUGGUCCUCAAUCCUCCAGAUUAGGAGUGUACCUGGAUCACAGAGCAGGAAUUCUGUCCUUCUACAGCGUCUCUGACACCAUGACUCUCCUCCACAGAGUCCAGACCACAUUCACUCAGCCUCUCUAUGCUGGACUUCAUCCUUUCAGUUAUGGAGACACUGCUGAGUUGUGUAAUCUGAAAUAG